GUGUCUGCCUCAGGUUAAGAUAACGGAGAAUGAACCACACAUUGCACUAGCUACAGCAGAGAGGGAACUUCAUAGAUUACAUAAAUGUCCCAUUCCAACUUGAUGUUAAGGCCUUGCCAUUCCUGUCGAGAGGAGAUGGUUAUCUCAUUAAAUGUCUAUUUUUGGGCAUGGUCUUUUUUAGCAGGCAGGCUUAAGAGGUUUAGAAAUCAGUAGCCGUUGCUCAGUUUUGCUUUUAGCCAGUCCAGAGCAGCUCUCAGGAAGAAGCAGAGCCAGCUCUUCAGUGAGACAUUGAAUCGGGGAAUUGACUGAGCAGAAUGGGCGCCUAUGGCUCUUCGCUAGAUGACAUCCUCGCUGUGGAUAUGCACCACUGGUACAAUAAAUUCAUGCGGGAGUCUCCGUCGGGUCUCAUCACCUUGUACGAGCUGAAAGCCAUCCUGGGGCUGCAAAGGGUGACCGAAGAGGCAAACAGUUACAUCGACCAGGUGUUCCACACCUUCGACAUGAACGGGGACGGCUUUAUAGACUUUGUGGAAUACAUUGCUGCGAUCAGCUUAGUGCUAAAAGGAGAAAUCAACCAGAAAUUAAAGUGGUAUUUCAAGCUCUACGAUGCUGAUGGAAAUGGCAAAAUAGACCGAGAGGAACUUCAAACGAUAUUUAAGGCCGUACAAGACAUCAAUCGACACUAUGACAUAUCCCCAGAGGAAAUCACAACCCUGAUAUUUGACACUAUAGAUGUGAACGGCGAUGGGGAGCUGACACUGGAGGAGUUCAUUGCUGGAGCGAAAGAGCACCCGGUUAUCAUGGAAACAAUUACAAAAACCCUGGACCUCUCCCAUGUCCUAAAAGUCAUCAUCAAGGGGCGGAGGAACAGCGUCUGAUGGAUACUCUCCAGUGUGCUGCAUCUCAGGUGACGCACCUUCUUGAGAAGAAGAGCAGAGCCCCAAAAGUCAGCAGUGGACCCCAUGGUGUCUGUACUGAGGCAGAAACAGUGUCCUCAAGACUCUCUGGAGUUUCACCCCGAUGACCUGCACUGCGUGUUUCUAAGCUGUUUGUUUCAGAGAGAGAGUAUGUGUGAGAAGGAGAACACAGAAAGAACUAGAAAAGUGAAGAUAUCUUUGCCCACUGAACCACAGCUGAGCUGGACAGCUGGCACAGUUUUUCCAUGUGCUUUGGCCCAUGUCCAGAUUAAUACACAUGCUGUGUCUCUGGCAGCAUCUCUCUAAUGCAUGUUUAAGCCACAAAAAUAGCACUGGAUUUGCUAAAGACAAUUCAGUGUGGCUUUAAUUUAGAAAUAACAAAUGUUCUCCAAGCAACUUGGUUCUUAUGCAAUCAGGUAUAUACAGAGAGAUGAACAUGAACAAUAAUUGAUUGCCUGCUUAAUUGGCCUCACUUCCAGUGGCACUGAACUUCCAGCUUUGUCAAUCACUGGCAGCAGCUGAUAAAAGUGGAAUCCUGAACUUUGAUAAGGAUUUGGUUCUGUAAAGGGGAAGAGUAUCCUGAACCUUACAGGUUUGGAUGGCAAUGUUUCCCCUUGAUGUGCUGACAGCUAUGGUGAUGGAUGCCUAAUUAUUUCAGAUAGUAAAGGGUCGUAUUUAAUCAGCACUGUUGGUUAGAAGACUCCUGCAUCCACACCCAUUUGACUCGUGUUAAACCAAAAUGCCCAGUCUAUCCCAAAGUUCCUAAGUGGUCGUCAAAUCCAGCUGUGCUCUCUGUUUUCCUGAGGCUGCUCACACGUGAAUAUCCCACCAAAAACUGGGUCUGGCAGGAGUCCUUAUGUUUUGUUUAUCUGGGUCUUCUUUCUUUUACCCUGGAUGGCAUUCUAGUCAUGACAACACUGUGUCAUUGCACAACUACAGAAUUACACAUUUUUCACACAGUUUUCACUGAAAAGGCAUAGAAAGAGUAGAGCCUUCAUGUACCUAUAAGAAGUCUAAUAGAUGUGGGCUGUUAGUAUAUGCUGUACUGUGUACUGUAUACAGUAUAUCUAGGAUAUACAUAUACUAUACCUGUACUGUAUAUAUACUUUCACAUAUAUUUUUCCAUGCACACUCUUAUACAAAAUUUGUAUUCAUAGUACAGGUAGGUAGCUGCGUCAGCAUGCAUAGGCUGCAAGGGAACAAGUAAUAGGUUCAUUCCAUGCUGAAAAGAGAAGAAA